CUCCGCCUAUUUCUACAAUGUAUCUUAUUAAAAUCAGAUUUUAAACCUAACCUUAACCGCACUGCUAACUGUAUGUCUAACCCUAACUUUAAAUGAAGACCAAAAAGCUCAUUUUUAUUUUCAUACAUGUUUACGAUUUAGCCACUCUGUGGCUGGGGUAACUAGUGACAACCGUUUUCUACAGAGAGCAUCAGCUGUUGAAUAGCAGUAGCACAAAACAAAAGACACGGUAGUGAAUGAAGCCAGUCCUCUGAUCCACCAGAGCCAUGUCUUCUGAGGAUCCCUUCCAGGACUCUCUAGAUGAUGAUCUAGACGGCUUCUCAGAGCCUGGGAGAGGGAGCAGGAUACGCAGCAGUGUCUACACAAAAACCCCAGAGAUGGAGAGUAACUGUUAUGGAGACUAUGGAGCCACCGGCGGCAAAAGUCCCCUGAUGAAAACAUUGAUGGAUGCAGAAGCAGCGGCCAACUCUGCAGCUGUACAGCUCAUGUCGUUCAAGGAGACCCUGGAGGAUGAUUUUGCCGACUCAAGACACUCUGCCUCUGAUAACCGGCGGAUGUCAAGGCAGAGAGGCCUUCUACUGGAGAAGUUGGAGGUUUUUAAACGGAUUAACAAGUCUGUUCGACAGCAACUCAAAGACCUGCAGGAUGCAGAGGCAUCUCGAAUGGAGACAGACAAACACAUUGAUCUCUUACUAAAGAAGCUUACGCAGGCUGAGUGUGAUAAUCUGCAUUUGAAAAGAAAUUUGAAUGAUAAAGAAAAAAUGGUGGACGAACUGAUGGGUUUGCGGAAGAAAGAAAUGGAGAACACAGAGAAUGCGGUCCAUGCCACCAAGUCUGUGGAGACCACACGUGCUCACCUGCAGGGCCAGCUACACAGCAAAGAGGCCGACAACAACCGUCUCACCGUGCAGCUCCGGGGUUUGGAGAGGCAGCUGACUGAGCAGAAGCUGGAGAUAGAUGGUCUGAGGGGGGAGAUCUCCAGUGUGUCUGAGAAGGCAGAACAGGAGAAAGAGGGCCUGAAGAAGGCCACCCGUGCCCAAAAACAGAGGGCCGAGAGGUUCGAAGCUGCUGUGGAUAAAUGUUACACUCAGCUGAGGGAGAAGGAUGUUCAGCUGGCGGAGGCUUGUUCAGAGAGGGACACAUGGAGGAGACAACAGGAGCAGAAGACAAACGCCAGAAUUCUGCUUGAUGCACAGAUAGGACUACUGAAAGGCCAAAUAGCAGACAUUACUGCAAAGCUACAGAAGGAGAGGGAGGAAUUCACUGCUGCAAACGAGGUCUUACUGCUAAAAGUGGAAAAACUCAACGCUGAAAACGGAGACAUUGGCCUUGAGAACGCAACCCUCAAGGCGUCCAUCGUUGAGUUGGAGCUGCAGCUGGUCCAUUCUAAAGCAGCGCUGAAAGAGGAGAGCACCGUCUCACAGGAGAGGAAAGACCAAGCAGAACAGUAUCAGAGUCAGGUGGCAGAGCUUCAAAUGGAGGUGGAGGAUCUGAGAAUAAAGUUGGAGGGUUUUCUGAGGGAAGCAGAGAACAUCAGAGAAGGAAGAGAUGCGGAAGUGAAGAAGGUGGAGAGACAAGGGGAGAAGAUGAGGUCGUCGGUGGACAUGAAAGAGUCUAUCCACGAGGCCAACUCACAGCUACGGCAAAAAUUGGAUGCUCUUCAAAAGCAGAUGGAGGAGCUUCAUGGGGAGAACCAGGAGCUGAUCCGUAGGCUGGCAGGGCAGGAGGAGGCGCUACACUACAGCAGCAGGCAGCUAGAACAGCGCUCAGCAGACUGCCAGGCUCUCAACAGACAACUGGAGGCAGCAGUGGCCGAUGUCAGGCAACAGGUUUCCAAAGUAAAAGACAAAGCCGUCUCCAGAGAAAGUUCCCUUCAGACCAGAAUCCUGGAGCUGGAGGCUGAGAAGAGCAGAAGAGAGAAUGAGCUGAAACAUAUGAAACAAAGCAAGCAGUCAGCUGAGAAGCAGUUUGAGGUGCGUCUGAAGGACCUGCAGCUCAGCCUGGACCAGUCAAAAAGCCACAAACAGAGCAUUCAGAACUACGUCGACUUCCUCAAGAACUCUUACACCACCAUGUUUGACGAGGGACUACCACAGACACCGUCUAGUUUUGAAUCAUCCUACUUUUUUAAAUGAUGAUUACUCCGGUAUGUGUGUUUGCGGUAUGUAUUGUUGGUUCAAUCAUGUACAAUAUAUGAGCAUUAUUUAAGAAUAAUGUGUUUUGGAGAAGCAAUGAAUUCGGCACAUAUGCAUUUUAUGUCCGAUAAAGAAGUCCAUGUAAAUGUUUAUAUAGAUCAGCUAAUACUUUUUUGUCCAUUUCUAAAUAGAAUUUCAAUAAAGUUUAUAAUGGCA